AUGGAGUUUGGAAAUACCUGUUAUAGUAAUUCUGUACUACAAGCUUUAUAUUUUUGCCGGCCGUUCAGAGAAAAGGUUUUAGAGUAUAAAGCUAGGAAUAAACGAACAAAGGAGACAUUGUUAACAUGUUUGGCGGAUUUGUUUUACAGUAUUGCAACACAAAAAAAGAAAGUCGGAUCUAUAGCUCCCAAAAAGUUUAUUGCCAGGUUACGGAAAGAGAAAGAGGAAUUUGAUAACUAUAUGCAACAAGAUGCGCAUGAAUUUCUGAAUUUCUUGAUAAAUCACAUAAAUGAAAUCAUUUUGGCAGAGAGAAGUCAAAGUAAACCACCUGGUGGGAAGUGUGGAGCAGGAGAUGUUGGUUCACCUUCGGAACCAACAUGGGUUCAUGAAAUAUUUCAAGGAAUCCUAACAUCAGAAACACGCUGCCUUAAUUGUGAGACUGUAUCAAGCAAAGAUGAGGAUUUUUUUGAUCUACAAGUUGAUGUAGACCAAAAUACUUCAAUCACGCACUGCCUCAGAUGUUUCUCUAAUACCGAGACUCUUUGUAGCGAUAACAAAUUUAAGUGCGAUCACUGUAGCAGUUAUCAAGAAGCACAGACUAUAUUCCAGAAACGAAUGAGAGUGAAAAAAUUACCAAUGAUAUUGGCAUUGCAUUUGAAAAGGUUUAAAUACGUGGAACAAUAUAAUCGUCACAUCAAAGUUUCUCACAGGGUAGUUUUUCCGCUGGAACUCCGGCUCUUUAACACUAGUGAUGAUGCAGUGAACCCAGAUCGAUUAUAUGAUUUGGUCGCAGUUGUGAUACAUUGUGGAAGUGGGCCUAAUCGAGGACACUAUAUUUCAAUAGUAAAAAGUCACGGAUUUUGGCUGCUUUUUGAUGAUGAUAUGGUCGAUAAAAUUGAUGCUUCUACCAUAGAAGACUUUUAUGGACUUACAUCAGAUAUUCAGAAG